GAAUGCUGGGGAGUUAUUUGGAGUUGAUCAUCCCCCAUCCGCUACAGAUGAUUAUGCCUCGAGCAGGAGCAGAAUCAAAAUUCAUUAAAGUAUAUGCUCCAGUUUCGGUCAUUGAUGAGGAGUAGUUUUGCUAUACUAUCUUUUGCGUCUUCUUUCUGAAAUUAUUGAUUUGAAGUUGUCUCCGUGAGUGUCUUUUGGACGCUUUCCUCAUUGCCUCGUUACUGUGAGCGUUGGGGUGCUCGUGUUCUCUUCAUCUCUGACAUAUACCGCAUGGAUGUAAUCCUGUUUUCAUCGUCAGCUAUAUAUUCGCAAGCGACAUUAUCACAGGAGAUCUAUACCGGGGAUCAAAUAUUUCAACGACUAUUUCGUAAGAAAACAGAUCUCAUCAUGAUCUUUUUCAAACGGUUCAUCUCUCUCUACACACUACCGCUUGUGACAGAAGUGUAGCUAGAAUUAAAUUGUUGUGACGAUUGAUAUAUCGACGAAGCGAAUUUGAUUCAUAAGAUUAAUAUCAUAUCAACGAAGCUAUUGUCACCUGAAUUGUAAGUCUUCGAUAAAAAAAAAACAAGGAAGAGUUUAUAGACAGAGACAGGGAUCUGUGAAGGAGGUAGCUAUAAUUUUUAGAGGAGCAUUUGGUAAAGCAGAUUCAGGUAUCUUGAAAGGAAAAUAACGAAUUCUUAAAAAAAACAUACAAAUUAAAACACCGAGGAGAGGAAAAGCAAGAUGAAAUACAAGAACCUAACUUUAUUAGGGCUGACGAUAUGGGCGGUGGCGGGUUCCUAUGUUACCCUAUUUCUCGUUGGGAUAGCUAAUUUCACAAACCAAUGGAUCUUCACGAAAGAGAUAAUUGAUCGUGAUUUCAGCAAUGGCACUCUCCGGGUCACCGUCAAAUUGCACUCUGGAUUGCUUGAGUUUUGCCGAGAUAAAGUAUCUUACAUUUGGAUAGGACAUCCGUCGUUCACUGCAGUCAAGAAUGUAUCAGAGGCCACAAUGAAAACACUGUAUGCCGCACCAGAUGAUCCGGGAUGCUUCAAUAUUCGAGCAUCUCUUCCAGAGCCCAGUGAGCCACCGAAAGACAUCAGCUCAGCCGUGUUACAACACGUGGUGAAGGUGCUGCCGCUACCUAUAUGUAGUUUUCUGCUUCUUGUGAUUACGUCAUCGCUUAGUACAAUGGGUCUAUUCUUCCCACAGCGUCGGUGCUUCAUGUUUCUCACUGGAGCGGGUCACAUCCUCGCAGGAUUGUGUUCCUUGACGGGUCUCAUCCGUUACAUCAUCGCUGUCAACGACGCGGUGAUCGAGAAGCAUCCCGUAUCACCCGACAAGCUUUUCAUGCACACAUACGGCAUCUCCUUCGUGCUCGCCGUCCUCGCCUUCUUCCUCAUCAACUCGACGGGCGUUGCCAGUCUCUAUCUCUACAUCCGUCUCGAAAAGAUGGCGGUCCGGAGCGAGCAGGAUCGAUAUCGCCAUCAGUUUACCAUGAGCUCCUGCGUCACCAGCUCGCCCGACAUCGAAAUCACCGCACACGACGUCGAGGGGGAGAACGAUGUCGUGGAUGCGAGUGGCCGAUGUGGUGGUGGCGGUCGUGUUGUUGAUGACAGGACGAAUGAGGGGAAUCCCCUACGACCACGCCCAGAGGGGAUCGAUAGCGAUUUACAUAUCGAUAGUCAGCAGAGACAUUACGUUAGUUACAGUGAUAAUGAACCAGUUAGUCAACCAACUUCGAUAGAAUUAUAAAAGAAGAUGUUUUAAAAAACAUCACAUAAAUUACCAAUAUAGUCUUUAUGGUAGCAAGACGUUGAUCAUCGCUCAAAUAUCAUGUCAAUUAUUCAAAAUUAUCUAUAACGAACGCGAAUUUCAAAUAAUAUUGAAUAUUCAAUC